CUUCCCUCUCUUUCUGGCCAACUCUUGCUUGCAUCAUGUCUCCCAGACAAGCCAUGAUUCAUUCCAAGUGCCCUACAUUUCAUUUUUCAGGCUGCUAAUCAAGAUUAAGCUCCAAUUUCUGAGCAGAAGCUCCCGUGUCGCUUCAAGCGACGCCAUCCGUGCUGUGCUCCUGAGCGAACGGCACGGCACACAAUGGACGGCGAGAUCCAACCCGAUCCUGAUCAUGAAAAUCCUCAUCAGGACAAUCGCGACCGUCGAGACCGUCGAGACCAUCGCGAUAGUUCCCGUGACGGUCGUGCUUCCGGGAAUCGUCAGCCGAUCAUCCCUAGGGAGGACGUCGCAGAAAUCGAAACCGGUUCGGACAACGCGGAUCGUCGCGUGUUGGCCGAGCUCGCGACGGCGCUAUCCCUCGCCGAACGCAUUCUUCAGAUCGCCGCCACCGCGUCACAGACUCGCGUCCACCGGCUGCUAACGGAUCGCAUUGCAACGCGUACGCAGCAGCUGCUUCCCGUGCUUCGCCGCCUGCAGGCUUCGUCCAUGAGCCUCAUCCAUGACCCCCGAGCCUCCUUCGUCUUCGAGCGUCUGGUUACAGAGUUACAGGAGGCGAAGCUCCUCUUGGAGACCUGCACCAAAGUGUCCGUGCUUGGGAUUAUGUUCCGCUUUAAGCGCCGGGCGGAAAUCGCGGAGCGGUUGGAAUCGUGUUUAGCGGAGAUUCGCCAGUGCCAUACGGAAUGCCUCAUUCUGAUUGGCCAGGACAACUUCCACGGCCGCGGGGUCUACACGCCGGGCAGCGUAAUAGGCGGCGUCAACAGCGGUGCCGGAGGCAUCGGCGGAGGGACUGGCGGAGGCAUCGGCGGGGGCUUGGGCGGGGAUCCAGCGGAGCGUUUUGGCUCUGAUUACGGUUCCGCGGGUGGAGGAGGCUUACAGCGUGGGUUUUCAACGGAGGUGAUUCUCCCUUCCAGCCCCAUGGUCGACCGCUCCCCGCGCGCCUGGAACGGCGGCGGGCAAUCCGGGUCGCACAAUUCCCGGCUCGGCGCGCUCCCGCGGUCAGGAAGCGACGGCGUGCAGGAGCAGGGGUCGCACGGCGCGCGCGGACUGCACGGGAUUCACGGGGUUUAUGGUAAUUACGGGGAGCGCCACCCGCAGCAGGAGCGGCAGCGGCGGCUUGCGCCGGACCUGCACCGGCCCAGCACGGCGGGGGAGGCGGCGGUGAUGCCUCGCUCCUUCUCCUCCACCGACGCUGCUGACGUGGCGGCGGCGCGCGGCACUCCCGGGGAGUUUUCGAUGGACAUUCCGAACGUGCGGCGAGCGAAUGCGGCGAGGCCCGCUGCUGGCGCGGAGGAGAGGGGGACGGGCGCAAGGGGGGAGCUGAGUAUCGGGGAGGGGGAGGGGAUGGGCGCAGACGCUAACGGAGGGAUGGUGCCCUCAGGUUACACGUCAUCCCACGUCAGACAUGCGUCGGAAUACCCGCGCCCCCCUCCCAGCGUGAGCAGCAUCUCGUCGGAAUGCGACCACGCGCGCGUGCUGGUCUCCGCGCUCACCGACGGAUCCACCGCCGAGAAGCGGGCCGCACUAGCCGCGCUCCUAGAGCUGGCGGAGACGGACGAAGGGAAGCUUAGCGUCGCCGCGGCCGGCGCAGUGCCCGUGCUGUCUGUGAUCCUCGCCCUUCCGGAUAGCCUGGGGGAGCCCACGAAGCUAGCCGCCGCCCGCGUGCUGCUGCGCCUCGCGUGCCUAGACGAGAACCGAGUCGUGAUCGCUAAAGCGGGGUGCGUGCCCUCGUUUGUGUCACUCCUGCGCUCCGGGAGCCCCGAAGCCAGGGCGGUCGCGGCGCGGGUGCUGUGGAAUCUAGCGGUCAACACGGAGAAUAAGGUCAUAAUCGCCGCGUCAGAAGCCGUCCCGUCAUUAGUCGCUAUCAUCCAAUCGGAGUCGGAGCCUGUAGCGAAGCAGGAAGCGGCCGAAGCGCUAGCACAGCUCACAGCCAAUAACAUGAAGAACCAGGCGGCUGUAGCUGAGGCAGGCGGCAUCCCGGCCCUCGUGACUAUGCUGAAGGAAGGCUCCCCUCGGGAGCAGGAGAAAGCAGCGCUCGCUUUAGGCACGCUCGCCGUGAAUAACGACGAGAACAAGCUGACUGUAGCGGGAGCGGGCGCGUCCCCGCUGCUCCUAGACCUUCUCUGCCAGAGCGACAAUCCCGAGGCUUCGAAAAACGCCGCCUGGGCGCUCUACGUGCUGUCCUCCAAUAAGAUCUCCGCGUCUUACAUCCUCGCUAGUGGCGGACUCACUGCAGUGAAACGAGUGCACAAUACAGGCCCGCCAGAGUCGCUGUACUGGGCUGCGCAUAUCUUGUCCCUGCUGGACCCGUCGUCUGGUCCCCCUGAGAAGCACCCGGCGCACCGGCUGUCGAAUGCGGGGCUGUUGAAGGGGGGGAGGGACGAGGAGGAUGCUAUGAGCCAGCGAAUGGAGGAGAGGCGGGCCACGCGGGAGAGGAUUGUCCAGGGCUGGUGACACCGCAGGGGUGGGGAGAAAUCCGGGCUGGUGAGACAGCAGGGCGGAGCUGCGGGGGUGUUGCGAUGGUGGGGGUGGUGAAACAACAGCUGUGAGAGUGGUGAGAUAGCAGGGAUGGUGAGAUAGUGGGAUGGUUAGACAGCAGGGUGGCAUGACGGGUGGUGAAGUUAGUGUGGUUGGGGCAGUCAAAGUGGUGAGGGAGUGAGACGAGUGAGCAAGCUGGGGUUGGGAGAUACAGCGGGGAUGGUGAAACGGACAGGCAGCUCACUUAGGGUGGCUGGGAAAGGGGAUGCGAGGCAGCAGACUCGUUUCCAGAAGGAUGGUUGUUCACAGCAGCCUUCCUUGUGGUUGCCGAGUACACUGCCAGCAGGGUGAGGCAGGAGUGGUGCAGUCAGGCCAGGGGGUGUGGGAGGAGGGCGUAUAGUGUGUGAAGUGUGCGUGCUGUCAGGCAAGGCUGAACACAGCAAGUGCUCCUUGGGGGUCUGUUUCAAGUUUCAACCACUUGAUUGGGGUGCUGAUGAGCCUUGUUACCGUUACCGGUAUUGGUGGGACUGGCAGUUUAAGGUGACGCGCUUCUACUACCGGUAUGUGAUACCAAAUGGAGCAGCAGGUUCCAGGAGCUUGGUUCUGGAGGUGCAAUGCCAGCUUGGUUGGAAGGGGGGAGGGCUCCUGUGGGUUGUGGCAAUGUGGUGUUUUGGAGACCCCUGUUGCAGGAAAACCAGAGGGACUUGUCUCAUUCUAUGAUUGGAUUAGGAUUUUUUAUUUAUUUAUCCCUGUUCCGGUAGGAUUAGACAGCUUCAGUAGCCUUUUAUAUGAAGACACUUCAUUAGGUUUGAGUGCAACCUGU